AUGUCCGCUGUCACCGCUAGAGAUGUGCUAUGGUACAUCCCAAACCAGAUAGGGUAUGUGCGUGUGGUGACGAUGUGUUUAUCGUUGGUUUUGAUGGCCAAGCAUCCGUUGUGGACGAUGGUAGUGUAUGGAGUGUCUUGUUUGUUAGAUGCACUAGAUGGGACAAUGGCACGUAAGUACGGCCAGAUCAGUUCAUUCGGUGCUGUGCUGGAUAUGGUGACAGAUAGAUCCACCACCACAGCAUUGAUCUGUUUCCUAUGCGUGGCAUAUCCGGUAUGGUCGCCCGUGUUCCAACUACUAGUUGCCUUGGACAUUUCAAGCCACUAUAUCCACAUGUACGCAACGCUAAGCACAGGGUCUCAAUCGCACAAGGCCAUCGAAAAGGAACAAUGGCUUCUCAACUUAUACUACACGAGACGUAAGGUGCUAUUCACGAUUUGUGCGUUGAACGAAAUGUUCUACAUGGGUCUAUAUAUCAACGCCUUCCCUCAGUUCAAAUCGUAUUACUUCCCAUUGCUUGGAUCCACCCAUAUCGGAGCUAUCAUCGCGCUGGUGUGUCUUCCAGGGUACAUAUUCAAGCAGAUUGCCAACGUCGUUCAACUAAACCGUGCUGCGUUGAUGCUUGCCAAUAAGGACGCAGCAGAAGCCACUGAGAGAAGAAGUGCAAAGAAGAACUAA